AUGUCUAACUCAGGUAUCACUGUCGAUGACGAAUGUAUCGAAAAGUUCAACGAGAUGAAGCUUCAAAAGAAGAUCAAGUGGAUUGUCUACAAGAUCAACGAUGAAGGCACAAAGGUUGUUGUCGACACCUCCAGCGAGUCGGCAGAGUGGGAACCAUUCCGCGAGGUUCUCGUGAAUGCGAAGGCACUCAACAAGAACAAAACCCAGGGUAAAGGCCCCAGAUACGCUGUCUAUGACUUCAACUACGAUUUGGCCAACGGAGAAGGACAGAGAACCAAGCUUACUUUCAUUUCAUGGUCCCCUGAUGAUGCCAGUACCUUUCCUAAAAUGAUGUAUGCCUCCACCAAGGAAUCCUUCAAGCGUGCCCUGUCCGGACUUUCGGGCGAUGAACUUCAAGCAAAUGACGAGGCCGACCUCGAGGAGAAUGAGAUGUUGAAGACAGUCAGCAAGGGAACCGCUGCUCUCAAGGCAUAG